CUGAGAGAAGAAGCAGGGCCUCAACGCUGUGUCUGACGAGCUCAGCUGGGGUGUAUGUUAAGCCAUGGGCUCGGAGUCAGUGAAGGUGGUGGUGAGGUGCAGGCCUCUAAAUGACAGGGAGAGGGCUCUCAGCUCUAAGAUGGUGCUUUCCAUGGAUGUGCAGCGGUGCCAGUGCUUCAUUAAAAAGCCUGGGGCCGCGGAUGAGCCGCCCAAACAGUUCACCUUCGAUGGCACCUACUACAUUAAUCAAACUACCGAGCAUCUGUACAACGAGAUCGCCUAUCCCCUGAUUGAGGGUGUUACUGAGGGAUACAAUGGCACAAUCUUUGCCUACGGACAAACUGGUAGCGGCAAGUCAUUCACCAUGCAGGGGGUGUCUGAGCCUGCAGCGCAGAAGGGUGUAAUACCACGAGCGUUUGAACACAUCUUUGAGAGCAUUCAGUGUGCUGAAAGCACAAAAUUCCUUGUGAGAGCGUCUUACCUGGAGAUUUACAACGAAGAAAUAAGAGACCUUUUGGGAAGCGACACCAAACAGAGACUUGAGCUGAAGGAGCACCCGGAGCGGGGGGUGUACGUGCGGGACCUGACCAUGCACACUGUGCACAGCGUGGGGGAGUGUGAAAGAAUCCUGGAGCAAGGCUGGAGGAACCGGGCCGUAGGCAGUACGCUGAUGAACAAAGAGUCCUCACGGUCCCACUCCAUCUUCACCGUCCACUUAGAGAUCUGCAACACCGAUGCCGCCGGCCAGGCGCAUAUACGGGCAGGAAAGCUCAACCUUGUAGACCUUGCAGGAAGUGAGCGCCAGUCUAAGACCGGUGCCACUGGAGAGCGACUCCGCGAGGCCACCAAGAUCAAUCUGUCCCUCUCCGCUCUGGGCAACGUCAUCUCUGCCCUGGUGCACGGACGCUCCAAAUACGUCCCCUACCGCGACUCCAAGCUGACGAGGCUGCUGCAGGACUCUCUGGGGGGAAACACACGCACCCUGAUGAUCGCCUGUCUCUCACCGGCUGAUAACAACUACGAGGAGAGCCUGAGCACGCUGCGCUACGCCAACCGGGCCAAGAGCAUCCAGAACAGGCCGCGAAUCAACGAGGACCCCAAGGAUGCGCUGCUCCGAGAGUAUCAGGAGGAGAUCAAGAAGUUACGGGCCCUCGUCUUGGGCCGGCUUGGCACCUCUGACCUUUCGUCUCUUCUGCUUGCUCAGCCCACAGCUGCUCUUUCAAGGCUGCAACCCAGCGCCGAUGGAGCAAAGAAGGAAAAGAUCAAGGAGGAGUACGAAGAGAAGCUGGCAAAGUUGCGGGCCGAGUACAACGCAGAGCAGGAGUCCAAAGCCAAGCUGCAGGCAGACAUUACUGCUCUGCGCUGCUCAUAUGAAUCAAAGCUGUCUAGUCUGGAGAAGGCCCAAGCCAGCAGGGGGAGCUGUGGCCGUAAGAAUGGAUCGGUGAGCUCCAGCUGUGUGGCACUCAACACUGAUCACAUCAGCCUCUGUACAACUGUUCCUCCCAGAAAGCCUGACGCUUCUUGUGCUGCAGUCGACGUCCCAAAAGAUCCGGGUGGAAACGAGCUCACAGACUCAGCUGAUAUCGACUCAAACGACCCUCUGAACCAGAAACUUGUUCUGGAAAGACUACAGAAACUGGAACAGGAGGUAAUAGGAGGGGAGCAGGCCAGGAACAACGAGCUACAACAGAGGCAUCGGCAGAGGAAGAAGUUCGCCGAUCAGAGAAAGGCCCAGCUCAUCCACGCCCUGUCAGGAGACAGUGAGGAGAGUGAAAAUGUGAUGUUGAAUGUCUACAACUCAAUCCAGGAGGAAGUUCAUGCCAAAAGCCAGAUACUGUCCAAAGUCCAGGGUAAGCUGAAAGCAGCCAGACUGGAGAUCCGCGACCUGCAGGCGGAGUUUGAGGUGGAGAGGAACGACUAUUUGGCGAGCAUUCGCCGGCUGGAGAGGGAAGGCCAGCUGCUGAACAGCCUGCUGGAGCGCAUGGUGCCGCUGGUACGCAGAGACUGCAACUACAGCAACCUGGACCGCGUGAGGAAGGAAGCCGUUUGGGACGAGGACGGCGCCACCUGGAAGCUGCCGGAUGUGACGGUGCAGAAAACAACACUGCCGUCAGCGGUGCCUCCGAAGCCUGUCUCUCACCGGGAUUCAGGUUCUGAUCACGCAGACUCGUUCCUGCAGGUUGAAGAGGACAGAUACAAGGAAAUGCUGGAUCGCAGAGACAGCGGGAAUGUCGCCAACAACUACUUCAAGUCAAAGAGAGCCAGUCAGCUGCUGGGCAGUGAUGCUGUCAAAGGGCACGGCUACCAUCCUGUGAACGGUUCCAACAUGGACACCCCGCCCAGAUCAGACCCCGUCCUGCCUCGGCCCUUUCGCCUAGAGUCUCUGGAGGUAUCUGUGUCCAACGGGAAAAUAAGGCGCAGAAAAAGCAAGUCUCACAUCCACAGCGAAGGGACAUGAAAGGACAUCGAACUCCAACCUCAGCCCGCGAUCAUUUGGUUUGGGCUCAGAAGAGGUCGUGUACUGUGAUAAAUCGAAAUAUUCAUUGCUAGCAGUCGCUUUUUUUUUUUUUUUAAAACAUUUCCUGGAAAGUACAAUCUUAGAUUUUUCCUUUACAUAAAAGUUUGCACAGUUAAGAUACUGCAGUGUUUGACUUGUAUUUUUGUAGAAAAGAGUAACUGAUGCCAUUUAGUUCAGAAAAAAGACUAAGAGACUCAGUAGAUAUACAUAAAUUAUAAUUCUACUUGACAGCACAGGCACAGUCUGAAUCAAUGUGAGUUUCUUGUAAAUAACGAUUCCGUUUGAUUUACAUUACAGCUAUGGUUCAACAAGAUCUCAGGAACAUUUUGUAGAGAUUUUGGUCCACAUUGACAUAAUAGCGUCAUACCGCUGACGGUCCACUGGCUGCACAUCCAUGAUUAGAAAUCACUGCCUCCCACAGACAGGAUUGAGAUCUGCUGAAAGUGACGUUCAAGAAACCAGUGAGAGAAAAUCUCAACCUUGUGAGGUGGUGCAUCAUCCUGCUAGAAGUAGGCAUCAGGAGCUGGGUACACUUAGGAGUUAUAAAGUUAUUUACUGUCGCCUUCCUGCCUAUCAUCUCACAGCAGUCUGGUCACUUUCUUCCGACCUCUGACGUCAACAAGACAUUUUCUUCUCAAGAAUUGUUGGUCACUGGAUAGUUUCUUCUUUUUUUUUCUCCACGCUGCAACCCUAAGAGGUUUGCACUGUGUGAAAAUCCCGGCACCUCAGCAGUUUCUGAAGUACUCAGAUUAGAACAACAGCCACGCCAUGAUCAAGGAGGUCACUAUAAUCCUAUUUUUGUUUUCGAUUGCUCCGUUUGUCUUAAUGCAUUUAGUUGUUGGCGCAGUUUUGGUGGAUUCGCUGUUUGUGUUGACAACCAAUUGCACAUGUACGUACCUAAUAAAGUGGCCGGAGAGUGUAUAUCUUG